AUGGAGAGAAACACUCCGGUGAGAAAACCACACACUUCCACCGCAGAUCUACUUACUUGGUCGGAAGUUCCACCGCCGGAUUCUCCUUCCUCCGCUUCUCGCUCCGCCGUUCGUUCUCAUCAGCCAUCGGAUGGGAUUAGCAAAGUGGUGUUUGGAGGUCAAGUGACUGAUGAAGAAGUUGAAAGCUUGAACAAAAGGAAACCAUGCUCAGAACAUAAAAUGAAAGAGAUAACUGGAAGUGGGAUCUUUGCUCGUAACGAAGACGGUGAUGCAUCGGAGCUUUCUAGUGCCCCAAGUGGCCGGAUUUAUCAGCAAGCACUUAGUGGUAUAAGUCAUAUAUCAUUUGGCGAAGAGGAAGACUUAUCUCCGAAGAAGCCAAUUACUUUACCUGAGGCUGCGAAACAGCGAGAGCUCAGCGGGACAAUGGAGAGUGAAUCAGCUACAAAGCUGAAGAAGCAGCUCUCUGAUGCUAAGUAUAAAGAGAUAAGCGGACAGAACAUCUUUGCUCCACCGCCUGAGAUAAACCCUCGACCUGGAACAACUCGAGCAUUGGCGUUAAAGGACAAUUUCAAUCUCGGAGCUGAAUCUCAAACCUGUGCUGAAGAAGACUCUGUGAAGACGGCAAAGAAGAUCUACGACAAGAAAUUCGCCGAACUUUCAGGGAACGACAUAUUCAAGGGAGAUUCAACUUCAUCUUCCGUUGAAAAGCAUCUGAGUCAAGCGAAGCUGAAGGAGAUAGGAGGAAACAACAUAUUUGCAGACGGGAAGGUAGAGGCAAGAGACUAUCUAGGCGGUGUCCGUAAACCGCCAGGCGGCGAAACAAGUAUCGCUCUCGUUUAA